CUGAGUGUGGGGGAAAGAGGCCCCCCCGACAAGAGACUGAAGAUUCGGGGAAAAUAUGUCAGAGCCCGACGUUCAGAAAGUUCUCCACUUGCCACCGGAGGAAAAGGAGAACAGGGCACGGCUGUACAGUAUAUUACUUUCCGGGUAUUAUGGAGGCGCUAGCCGGAAAGUCUCGCCGUCUGUGUUCUGAACUGAAGCAAGCAAGCCUCGAAGUGCCCAUCCAUCGACGACAGACUUAGGAAUACCUUCAACAAAUUCGUUUUCACCACAGGAAGAGUGUAGAUCUAGAACACCUCUCCGCAGAACAUGGCACGCCAUAUCCGGACACGACCGCUCUUGGUCCUACUUUCGUUACUCGUUCUGGGCUCGCUCAUUUUGAACGCCGUCUCGCAGGCAGUGCCGCGUCUGAUGGUAGCACACAACGUGGUCGUCGCCCCAACGAAAAGCCCAGCGGGACUAUCGCCAGCCAGCCCGUCACAGAUAGAUCAGUUCCUCGCAGCGACGCCAGAGACGCGGAUUGGUUUUUGGAAACAAUGUCAGGAGGAUGGCGGGUGCACGGACUUGCAGCUACCUUGUGGGGACGAUGGCGUCAGUGGCUCGGCCGCAGCUGCCAGGGGAACGACUGCAGAUCAACUCCGUGAUUUUGCGUCCACGAAAUCGAGCCUGUGCCCCAGGAUGAAUGCCGCUCGAGUGCUUAUGGCCAUUUCGAUCUUCGCUGGUUUCGUUGCGCUGGUCGCUAUCGCCCUCAAGAUCUUCAUGAGAUCGGCGGACAGUAAGAACAAGGUUCUGGCCGUGUUCCUUGUACUGGGUGCGACAAUCAUGAGUCUCGCUCAGCUCGUGUCUGUGAUCCUCCUGGCGACCAUCAAGCACUCUCUAGACUCCCUGUCGGACCUUCUCCGUGCCUUGUCUCCUACGGGAACAUCAACUCCGUUCACCAACAUCACGACAGUCUACUCGGCAUCAUCCUCCUUCUUCGUUUCGAUAGCGGGCACCGUGUUGGCGAUGAUUCUUCUGCCCCUCGUGUACGUGCUCGCAUUGCGUACCCCGUCGCUCGCCGACAAGCCUGCAACCGUCGUCGACGCACCUCCAACAUCAAGCGCGGCGCCGCCAGCAUUCGCGCCCGUGUUCUCCAACGCGACCUCACGCCCCUCAAUGAGCGCCCCUGGCAACAAGUACAGCCAAGGCACCGACUACUACAGCAGCGACGCUACGGAUGCGAGCGGAAGCAGUCCACCUCAGACUUACAUCACACCUGGAGCGGGCUCCUCGUCCUCACCAAGCUCGGAAAGCGUAGCUAAUGAGACCAGUCGUCGCCACUGGCAUCCUUAGUACGAUGUGCGACAACACAACGGCGUAAUAAAUUACUCGAGUCCCCUUGUAUCUAACUCCUGGGUCGACCAGUUGAGCUGGCUCGAAGCCCAUUCCCCAUCCCCAAACAUAUUAUGCAUUUUUGCAAAUCCCCUACAUUACAAUAACUUAUGUCAUUCCCUGUACAGAGUAAUCUUUUCUCUUGUCGAACAGUCGUAGCAAUGUCUUCUGUAUAGUAAUAAUACACACGUACAAUAGCG